AUGCAGAAGGCGGUCCAGCGCCUCCAGCAACGGCCAGCCCGCCCCUUCCUAGGACGCCAAAUCCCGCCGCCCCGGUGGAAUCCCGCCCUCAGGCCCCCCUACGGCGGAACAAAACCGCUACCACUCUCCCAGCCGGUACCCCCUAUGGAUCUAGCCCAGCCGGCGGCCUUUUUGGAUCUGGCCCACCGGAAGGAGUCGCGGUCCCCAGCCGCGCUGGAAUACCCCGUCUACGGACCCCACACGCCGGAACAGGAGGACACGGCCUCGGAACCCCCAUCGGAGCCGUCGCUGGCAGGGGACACGGCCUCCAACUCCAGCGUUGUCUUCUCCGAGCCGGCGGAGAUGGCAUCAGCGGAGGAAAACCCUCGCCUUGGGGAGAAGAAACCCUGGCACACGGGGUCGGAGGAUGGAAAUAACAGCCGUGGUGCCCAGCCGCGGCAGCAGCAGAUCGAGCGUCUGCGCAGGAUGAAAAAGGAAGCGGAUGCCCUGUUCGCGCGGAACGGCGACCCGAGUGGUUUGCUGGCGGUCUUGGCUGAGGCGUCGCUGUCGAACGACAAUUGGGACGCGUCCGGGCUGCCGAGGUUUUGA